AUGAAACCAACGGAUCUUUAUCUUUUUGGCUAUAACGCAGUCCAAGUCGUUGGGUGAGUCUUUUUGAACUUUGAAUUUUGUGUUUAGGCAAGAGGAGCGGGCAAUAUUAAAUUUGGCUUUGGGAUAGAUAAGGAAUGGGAGAAAACACAAAGUUCCGGAUAAAGGAGUACAUUUUUUGUUGGAGGAUUUUGCAAUUCUAGCUAGGAAAAGUCUCUGAGCACGUUUCUAACAGCCUUUGGAAUUUCAGAAGCAUAAAAAUUACUUCAAAAAGCGGUAUGAUAAUUGAGAACUACCUAAAAUCAACUUGUAGAUUUUAUUAAACAAAUUUAAUAUCUAAUUUAUCUGAUUUCCUUUUCCGGAUGAUUCCUUCCUGACAAUGGCUAUCUCCAUUUUAGCUGGGGUUCGGUUCUGGUCAAGACAGUAUCAGGAUUAUUAGCUGGACAUUCCUUUACCAGCUUGUAUGAGAACGUAGAAUGGGAACUGCAAAUCUUCCAGACCGCAGCCAUUUUGGAGAUUGUCCACAGUUUGGUUGGAUUGGUCCGAUCGCCGGUUAUGACCACCGUAACGCAAGUUUUCUCCAGAGUUUUCGUCCUUUGGGCCAUCAUGUACAAGGUCCCAAGUGUAAGGUUUUGCCUACUUUUUCUUGCGUUUUAUGUUUAGAUAAGCACUUAAUAUGAUGGCUUUUUAGAGCCGUGCCAGUAUCGGUGUCCCCAUGUUGCUCAUCGCUUGGUCCGUGACCGAAGUGAUCCGAUACUCGUAUUACGCUCUGAACAUCGUCAAAGCCGUCCCGUACGUCCUGACCUGGGCCCGGUACACCUUCUUCAUUGCCCUUUAUCCACUUGGAGCCUCCGGGGAAGUUAUUACAAUGCUCGCGGCACUCGAUGAGAUCAAACGAAAGAAGCAUUUGACCCUGGAACUGCCAAAUCAAGCCAAUAUUGGGUUUUCCUUCUAUUAUGUGGUCAUCAUAUUGGCUCUGUAUUAUCUUCCCGGCUUCCCACAGAUGUACUUCUACAUGUUCGGGCAGAGAAAGAAGGUUUUGGGGACUGGAAGUCAAAAGAAACAAGAAUAA